AUGUGGGUUGGAGCUCCGCCUCUUCCCUCCAUCAACAGCAGACUAGACCAUUUGACCAAUCACAGCAGACUAGACCAUCUGACCAAUCACAGCAGACUACACUAUCUGACCAAUCAGAUCAGACUACGCUGGCGGAAAGGCGGAGAUUACACAGAUGAAUCGCGGAACGAAUCAUUUGAGAGUCAGUCAAGAAAAAUAAAAGAUGUCAUAGAGCUGGAUGCAGGUCGCUUCAUUCAGUAUCAUUUCACUCCUGCUUUUUUAAAUCUGAGAGAGAUCGGAGCUACACUGGAGUUUACAGUUGGCAGUAAAGCAGUAAACAAGUUUCGUCUGAUUGAACGGCAUUACUUUAGGGAUCUACUGCUGAAGACUUUUGACUUUGAGAUCGGUUUUUGUAUUCCACACAGCAGAAACACAUGUGAGCACAUUUACUCUCUACCAGAUCUGGAUUCACACACAGUUGAGGAGAUGAUCACCCACCCCUUCGAGACCCGGUCAGACAGCUUUUACUUUGCCAACAACACGCUGAUCCUGCAUCAUAAAGCAAAGUAUUCUUUCAGCCAGGGCUGGAGCUCGGUGAAAACCAAAGCUAAACACUGAACAGGACAUCAAUCACAUUAGAGCCGCAGAAGACGCAUAACAUCAACAGAUUAGCGCUACAUAUUUGGUCUCACAUGUUCACCUUCCCAGCCAGUCCCUAAACAAUUUAGACUUGCUGUUCUUGAAGGAGGAGCUUGAUCCAGAGACUUUGCCUGUGCUUCGGAAUCCCUGAUUAUGAUUAAGAUAACAAACAUCUUGAGGAUCCAUAACAUGCCUUUAAUGUUUCCCUUUCUCAAUUCUUCUGUUCUGAAGCUCAUAAACAUCCUGUCUAUUUCCAGCACUAAACAAUGCACAUGACCCUUUCCUUUUAUCAGGGGGUCUUAACACUAUGACAACAGAAAAUAUAUUUUUAUCCAUUUCCACUCUGCAUACUUAUCCUGUGUUAUUGUUUUGUGUAUUUUUCAUGCUAUUAUAGAGAUGCUCAUCAAUCUAUAUAUCUGUCAUUAUAUGGAGGUGUUUUAAACGAUGUCCAUGUGAUUAAAAACUAAAGGUUUCAAGUUG